AUGUCUCGUGCUUUUUCAACCACUUCAAAUUAUUUGAAAAAGCUGAAGUGGACUCUCAACGGUACCACUGAGCCCGUUGACUGGGCCAUCCGAAAUGUCGAGGCAGCAAUUGAUAAAACCCCCGGUCUUAAAAACGUGGACACUGGAGUCGUGAACGGAAAUCCGCAUCCGACACCGAGCAACAACGAUCCAGAACAUGUCUCUGGUGCAGUUGGCUUUGAAGACAUGCAGGGCAGGAAGCGCAUUACAUCUUUCCACGCCUAUAAGAGUGGGUUGGUCAAGUUUUCUAAAAAGAUUUUCGGACAGGUGGUAGUGUCUACGGAUGAAUCUGAAUCGUCACAAGCGUAG